UAUACAUAUAAUAUAUGCAUUUUCUCAUUUCUAUAGUAUCCUUAUAAUCUCUAUAUUAAAGCCUAAUGUUGAAAACAAAACUUCGUAUAUUUCCACAACUCAUCAUUAAAAGAAGUCACUCAACAAUUAGCCCUGAACGUGUAGAAAGUGCAUUAACAUAUUGUAAAAAUUUAGUUAGGCAGAGGGACUAUGAAGGUUAUCUUUGUGUACCAUUCUUUCCAGCAGAAUUAAGGAACACACAAUAUGCCAUUCGAGCCUUUAAUGUUGAAUUAGCAUCAGUUCGUGAAAAUGUUUCAAAAGUCGAAAUUGGUAAAAUGAGAAUGCAAUUCUGGAAGGAUGUAAUCGAUAGAAUAUAUGCAGGUCAUCCUCCUGAACAACCUAUCGCUUUAGCGCUUGCAGAAGCAUUAAAGACGUCUAAAUUAUCAGCCAUGUGGUUAAAGCGCAUGAUAUCUGAAAGAUCUAAUAAUUUGGAUGAUCAUCAAUUUAUGACAAUCAAAGAUAUGGAAACUUAUUCUGAAAAUACUCAAUCAAGUCUUUUAUACCUUGAGCUUGAAUCAUUAAAUAUUAAAGAUAUCAACACAGAUCAUGCGGUUAGCCAUAUUGGUAAAAUGAUUGGAAUAUCCACUUUUCUAAGAUCAAUACCUUUUCAUAUUAGUCAAAAGCGUCUAGUACUUCCAGCAGAGAUUACAGCAAAGCAUGAUAUUGUUCAAGAAAAUAUAUUUCGUGGUGAAAUUGAUAGAAUGGAAGAUGCUGUAUUUGAUGUUGCGACAGCUACAUAUGAUCAUUUAUUAACAGCUAGAUCACUUAUUAAUAAGAUACCAGCAGAAGCAUUUCCUGUUUUAUUAUCAGCUGUACCACAUGUAAAAUUUUUAGAAAAAUUAGAAAAAGUGAAUUUUAAUAUAUUUGAUACCAAAUUGCAAAAGAAGGAUUGGAAAUUACCAUUAAUAAUGUAUAAAUCAUAUAAAACUGGAAAUAUUUAAAGGUUAAAAAAAAAAAA